AAUAGUAUGUGACAUAAAAAUGGACCGACAGCCAAAAGUGACACUCACAAAAGUCAAGUUUCAGUUUAUCAAUCCAUACAACCAAUAGCUGGAGAUAGUACUAUUAGCCUUAUCAACAAGUUUGCAAUAAGCUUUCCUUCCUUUGUUGAGAUCUCAAAAAUGGCUUCCAGUCUUCAACCUCUCAUCACCAUUCUUGAAGGAAUCCUUGAUCCUCACCAAACACGAUGGAUCGUUGAUGAAAACAACCCUCAACUCCAAUCCCUUCUCGAUAAAGCUACUUCUCUUCAAAAGCUCCUUGAUAGUAAAUCUUCAUUAACCAAACUAGACAGCCGAAUAAGAGAAGUAGCACAUCAAGCUGAAGACAUCAUUGAAUCCCACAUGGUUCAUCACAUGCUCUCUGGUUCUAAUUGCGUCAUAUUCACUCUUUCAACACCAGAUCUGCAGCAAGUAAUACGAGAUCUUGAUUCUGUUAUGGAGCAAGCGGAGAAGCUCGUGGAAAACAAGAUUCUGCCAAGCAAGUCAUCCAGUGCUGCGGUGGGAAUUGAUUCUGCUAUAGAACAACUGAAGCUCGCAGAUAAGAAGACGCCGUCUAGCAGUUCAUCAUCGAGUGUUGUGGUGGGAAUUGAUGGAGAUCUGAUGCAGCUCAAGGAUAGGCUGGUCGGUCAGCAGCAGAAGAAGCUGGAGAUCGUCCCCAUUGUUGGUAUGGGGGGAGUAGGUAAAACCACUAUUGCUCAAAAGCUUUAUGAAGAUCCAUUGAUUGUUGAUCAAUUUGCAUUUCGUACUUGGACCACUAUCUCACAAGAUUACAAUAUGCUGCAAAUUCUCAAAAGCCUUCUUCAUUGCAUAACUGGACAAGAAUUUGAUCAACAAAUUGAUGAGUUAAAAGUCAAGCUGCAUAAGAGCUUGUUCGGUAGAAAAUACUUGAUUGUAUUAGACGAUAUUUGGAGCACCAAAUUCUGGGAUGAGAUGAGGAUGUAUUUCCCAGAUAACAACAACGGGAGUCGCAUUGUGAUCACCACAAGGGAAUCUGAUGUGGCGAACUAUGCUAACUCUUCGAGUCCACCACAUCAGGUGCAGUUGCUUAGCAAGUCUGAAAGUUGGAAUCUGCUCCGCCAACUUGUGUUUGGAGAAGAGGAGUGCCCUCUUGUAUUGCAAGAGAUUGGUCCAAAGAUCGCCGAGGAUUGCGAUGGGCUUCCUCUAGCCAUCAGUGUGAUUGGAGGGCUGCUAUCUAAGACGGAAAUAUCAGAAGAUGUUUGGAGGAAAAUUGGGGACAAUGUAAUAGCAGCAAUUUCUGGAUCAGAUGACCGAUGCUCUACUAUACUGUCUUUAAGUUAUAACCACUUGCCAAAUUACUUGAAACCAUGUUUUUUAUACAUGGGAGCUUUCCCUGAAGACUACAAGAUUACUCGCCCCAGACUCGUACGUUUGUGGGUUGCAGAAGGAUUUAUAAAAUCAAAUGGGGAAAGAAGUUUGAAGGAAGAGGCUGAGGAUUGGCUAAAGUCUCUAGUCGAGAGAAAUCUAUUUUUGGUUAGAGUAUACACGAAUGGAAAACCAUGGAGUUACAGCAUGCAUGAUAUGUUGAGGGAUCUGUGCAUUAAGAAAUAUGGUGAAGACAUGUUUCUAAAUGGUCCCAACAAGUUCACAUUCUCUAAUCCACGCCGCGUGAGUUUUCACACCAAGUUUCAAUCGGAAGUUAUUAAUGAUUCAGCAGAGUCAAUGUCACUAACUCGAUCUGUUUUAUACAUUGAUUUUCGGAGUGCUGAGUUUCCAUCUGGUGCAUUUUUUGCUGCAAGAUUGCUAAGGGUGUUGGACUUGGAUAUGCGUACGCAUAGGUUCCCAACUGAAAUAUUAGAACUUGUCAACCUACGCUUCUUACGCGUCAACCUAGACAACUCAGGCACCAUACACAUUGUAAGUAUGCCAAAAGGAAUAACAAGAUUGUGGAAUUUGCAGACCUUGAUUGCUCCUCUUUUCCAUGUUAAUGAGCCAGCUGAGCUAUGGAAGCUCUCUGAGUUAAGCAAUCUUGAGUUAUUUGAUAUUCGGUUGUUAAAAGAUGAGGAAAUGAACUAUAGUGUCCUGAAGAAGCUGGAAAAGAUUUCAAUUCGUAUGGGAGUACAACUUAUAGAGGAGGCAACAAGUUGGGAUGGUUUCCUCAAAAGCAUUCCAAACAUUAAAAAGUUGUCAAUCAAUGACAGAGACCGAACUACAUCCACGGCAAUUGAUCUUAGCCAUCUUCACAAGCUCGAAAACUUAACAUGCCAUUAUAUGACAAGUACAUCCUCUCCAGACGGUUUCGGUUGUUGUUUCAGAGUAAUAUUUCCUUGUAAUAUUAGAAAACUAAAUCUGUCUGUAUGUAAAAUAAAUUCGGGAGUGUGGGGGACUCUGUGUGCACUACAAAAGCUGGAAGAGCUCGAGAUAUGGCAAUGCAGUUUUGAAAGGAAGGAGGAGACAUGUGAAGAAGAGUGGGAGUUAGCAGAUGGAGAUGAGUUUCCCUCACUGCAGGUUCUACGUCUUGUACACUCGAGGAUUGUGCGCUGGAUAGCCGAUGAGACCAAUUUUCCUAGACUCCGCCACCUCCAUUUAUAUAAGUGCAAGCGUCUAGAGGAAAUCCCAAGUGGCAUUGGAGAGAUCUCAACACUCCAAUCAAUUCGUGUAGACUGGUGCAGCAAAUCCACAGCGGCCUCAGCAGAAAGGAUUAUGGAGGAACAAUCUGAAAAUGGAAACGACGAUCUCAAACUGUAUAUUCAUGGCACUUCCGAAAGGGAUGAUGAUAAUGAUGAAGAAGAAGAUUGAAGACUAUAGACAGACUGUGUUUACUUGUGAUGUUAAUUUUGGAAUACCUCAUUUUUGUUUUUUUUUUUGUGUUUUAAUUUGGGGUAUUGUUGUAUUUACUUAUGAGUAUAAGUUGAUUGUGAGUUUAAGUUUGAUAA